AUGGCCUCUGCCGGUCUGCAAAUCUUGGGAAUCAUCCUGACCCUGCUUGGCUGGGUCAACGCCCUGGUGUCUUGUGCUCUACCCAUGUGGAAGGUGACAGCCUUCAUCGGCAACAGCAUCGUUGUGGCCCAGAUGGUGUGGGAAGGGCUGUGGAUGUCCUGUGUGGUCCAGAGCACUGGCCAGAUGCAGUGCAAGGUGUACGACUCAUUGCUGGCGCUACCCCAGGACCUACAAGCCGCUAGAGCCCUCUGUGUCGUCACCCUUCUCGUGGUCCUGCUUGGCCUGCUGGUCUACCUCGCGGGAGCCAAAUGCACUACCUGUGUGGAAGACAAGAAUUCCAAGUCUCGACUGGUGCUCAUCUCCGGGAUCACCUUUGUCAUCUCCGGUGUCCUGACCCUUAUUCCUGUCUCCUGGACUGCCCACUCUGUCAUCCAGGACUUCUAUAACCCCUUGGUAGCUGAUGCUCAAAAGCGGGAGCUGGGGGCCUCCCUCUAUCUGGGCUGGGCAGCCUCUGGCCUUUUGCUGCUGGGUGGAGGGCUGUUGUGCUGUGCCUGCUCCUCUGGGGGGCCCCGGGGACCUGGCCAUUACAUGGCCCGUUACUCUACAUCUGCCCCACAUUCGGCCAUUCGGGGACCCUCUGAAUACCCCACCAAGAAUUAUGUCUGA